GACAGUGACAGGAGCUCAGCUGCUACGGAACCAGAGGAACGUGCUGUGUCUCCGGGCUCCUGACACACCAAACAUGUUGCGAGUUACAGUCCGGGCCGAUAUAGGCUCCCUGUGGAUGCUUUUCUGCAUCAUCUACUCCCAGUGCUGGACCGCGUCCUCGGAUGUCAUCGUCGUGGCCUGCGGCGGCUUCGUGAAGUCCGACGUUGAAAUCAACUACUCGCUGAUCGAGAUUAAACUGUACACAAAACAAGGAUCCUUGAAAUAUCAAACAGAUUGUGCUCCCAUCAAUGGCUACUUCAUGAUCCCACUCUACGACAAGGGAGACUUUGUUUUGAAGAUUGAACCUCCUCUUGGGUGGAGCUUUGAGCCUACCAGUGUCGACCUCCAUGUGGAUGGGGUUAGUGACAUCUGCACCAAAGAGGAAGACAUCAACUUCAUUUUCACCGGCUUUUCAGUCUUAGGAACGGUGCUCAGUAAGGGCCAUCUCCUGGGCCCGGCUGGAGUAGAAGUCAAACUGAGCCGAGAGGGAACAGCAGAGAAACUCCAGAGUGUUGUCACACAGCCUGGAGGAAAGUUUACCUUCCUCAAAGUACUUCCUGGAACUUAUGACAUCACAGCUUCCCAUCCCUCUUGGUCUCUGGAGCAGAGCACAACCUCCGUGCACGUCUCCAAUGCCAAUGCCCUGGCCGCAGACCAUCUGGUGGUUGGAGGCUACGACGUCUCAGGGGAGGUCCGCAGUGAUGGAGAGCCCAUGAAAGAGGUCACCUUCCUACUGUACUCGGCCGCAGUCAGGAGAGAGGAUGUUACUGGCUGCAACAUGACCCCAGUGGAAGGGGCAGAUCCUGGGGACAGCGCCCUGGUCUACCUGUGCAGCGCUCUGUCCAGAGAAGAUGGCACCUUCGUCUUCCCCUCUCUGGCCAGCGGAGAGUACACUGUGGUGCCAUUCUACAGAGGAGAAAGAAUUACAUUUGAUGUUGCACCGUCCAGGAUGAAUUUCAAGGUUGAGCACAACAGCUUGAAGCUCGAGCCAAUCUUCCGAGUCAUGGGCUUCUCCGUGACAGGCCGAGUUCUCAACAGUAUCGAAGGGGAGGGUGUAACAGACGCUACAGUGUCCAUCAACAACAACAUCAGAGUCAUCAGCAAGGAGGAUGGUUCUUUCCGUCUGGAGAACAUGACAGCUGGUACCUACACCAUACGUGUAAACAAGGAGCUGAUGUUCUUUGAGCCAAUCACAGUAAAGAUUGCCCCCAACACGCCCCAACUUCCUGACAUCAUCACAGCAGGGUUCAGUGUUUGUGGCCAGAUCUCCAUCAGCCGCCUGCCUGAGGGCAUGAAGCAGCAGGGUCGCUACAAGGUCACCCUGACACAGCAGGACCAGGACAAGGCGUCCAGCCGGACCAUCGAGUCCGACCCUCAGGGGGCUUUCUGCUUCCAGGCCAAACCUGGAGACUACAGCGUCCAUGUGUCUCUCCCUGAGGCGGAGGUGAAAGCAGGCCUGGCUCUGCAGCCACAGGCCCUGGAGGUCUCCCUAGUAGACCGGCCCCUCACUGACCUCCUCUUCACCCAAUUCAUGGCUUCAGUCUCUGGAAAAGUCUACUGUCUAGCGUCCUGUGAUGACCUCUCAGUAACCCUGCAGCCAGUGAGUCGUCAGGGAGAAAGAAAGGCGGUGGCUCUGUCCGGCAGCGAUGACAUCCUCAACUUCUCAUUCGACAACGUUCUGCCUGGGAAAUACAAAGUGAGUAUUUCUCAUGAGGAAUGGUGUUGGAAACAUAAGUCCAUUGAAGUGGAGAUUCUGGAUUCUGACGCCUUGGGGGUUGAGUUCAGACAGAUUGGCUACAUCCUGCGCUGCUCCCUCUCCCAUGCCAUCACUUUGGAAUUCUUCCAAGACGGCAGCAAACCUGAGAAUGUCGGCAUGUACAACCUUUCUAAGGGCGUGAACCGCUUCUGCCUCUCCAAGCCCGGUGUUUACAAAGUCACCCCUCGCUCCUGCCAUCAGUUUGAACAGGACUUCUACACCUACGAUACCUCGGCUCCCAGCAUCCUGACCCUCACUGCAGUGCGGCAUCACAUGACUGGCCUCAUCACCACUGACAAGAUUCUGGACGUCACUGUGACCAUCAAGUCGUCCAUCGAGAGCGAGCCGGCGCUGGUGCUGGGUCCCCUGCGGAGUCUGGAGGAGCAGCGGCAGGAGCAGCAGCUGCAAGAGAUUCAGCUCCGCCGCCAGGAGAGGGAGCGACGCGCCGCCGAAGAGGAGGGAGGUGCGAGGGACGACAGCCCACCAAUCCAAGAGAAGGCUGAUGAGCUGACAGGCCCAUUCCACUAUGAUUUCUCCUACUGGGCCAGGGCCGGAGAGAAGAUCACUGUGACUCCCUCCUCCAAGGAACUGCUGUUCUACCCACCUGAAGUAGAGGCCACGAUCACCGGAGAGUCCUGUCCAGGCCGGCUGGUGGACAUCGCAGGACGUGCAGGUCUGUUCCUGGAGGGCAAAAUCUCACCGGAGCUUCAGGGCGUUGGGAUCUCCAUCACUGAACGAGGAGCCUCUGCUCCUCUCAUUACUGUGGCCACCAACGACGAAGGAUCAUACAGUGUGGGUCCACUUCACAGCGACCGGCAGUACGACAUCAGUGCCAGCAAAGAGGGAUUCGUUCUGAGUCCUGUGGAGGGAACUCAGGGAGACUUCAAGGCGUUCGCUCUGGCUGGUGUCACCUUCAAGAUCAGAUCAGAGGACGCUCAGCCCCUCUCUGGGGUCCUCCUGUCCCUGAGUGGUGGACAGUUUCGGUCCAACCUUCAGACCCAGGACACUGGCCUGCUCACUUUCAAUAACCUGAGCCCCGGCCAGUACUAUUUCAAACCCAUGAUGAAGGAGUUCCGCUUUGAGCCGGCAUCUCAGAUGAUCUCUGUGGAGGAAGGUCAAAACCUCAGCAUCGAUAUAACCGGCAUUAAGACUGCAUACAGUUGCUACGGAGCAGUGCAGUCUCUGAGUGGGGAUGCGGAGCGGGACAUUUCCGUGGAGGCGGUGGGUCAGGGAGAGUGCAGCCUCUACAACGAGGACACAGUCACUGAUGAGGCGGGACGCUUCCGACUCAGGGGUCUGCUGCCGGGUUGCACGUACCUGAUUCAGCUCCGCGCUGAAGGCAACGAGCACAUCGAGAGGGCGCUACCUCAACACAGAGCUGUAGAGGUCGGCAGCGAUGACAUUGAAGGGGUGAACAUCAUCGCCUUCAGACAGAUCAAUCAGUUUGACCUCAGCGGGAACGUCAUCACUUCACCUGAACACCUCCCAACCCUGUCGGUGAAGCUGUAUAAGAGUGACAAUAUGGACAAUCCAAUCAACAGCGUCUCUUUGGGACAGUCCCUCUUCUUCCACUUCCCUCCUCUGGAGAGGGACGGAGAGACCUACGUUCUGAUGCUGUACUCCACACUGUCCCGCUCCCAGUAUGACUUCACGCUGCCCCAGGUCUCCUUCACCUCCACCGGAUACAGCAAGCACAUCACGCUCACCUUCAACCCCACUCGUAAAGUGCCUGACCAGGAUAUUGCCCAGGGCUCCUACUUAGCUCUGCCCCUCACUCUGCUGCUCCUGUUGGCAGCAUACAACCACGAGAAGGUGAUCCCGCUCCUGCUGCAGUUCGUGAAUCGUAUGCAGGGCGUGAGGAGCAUGAGCCAAGUCAGCGCAGACAACGCUGCUAUGGAUGAAGCCAAACGCCAGGCCAAGAGACAGAAGGCGCGGCGCACAUGAGGACUCACUUCAGACCACACCUUUGUCUGCUAAGCAACACGCCAGCUCCCAUAAUCCUCAGCAAACACUGGGUCUUCUCCAGUAGCUGUGGCUAAUUAUGGGCGCUAGUAAAGUGUUUAGCCCGCGAACGAUGUAAUUCGGCCCCAAGUUGAAGCUCAACAUUAACCACUCGAUGCGCAUUACCACACCUCAUCAGCCAAUCAGGUUCACUGAACUGGAAGCUGACGUUUUACAGUUUUUUGUUUUUUUUUCUCCUUUUGAACCUUUUUUUCCACAAACACUCAUUGUCGAAGAAGUUUUGAGAACAUUUGAUACAAUAUGAGCCAUUUUUAUACAUUUGUAAUUUAUCUAGAUCUGCUUAAAUCUGUUGUGUUUUGAAAGCACUUCCUUUUGAUGUUUGUCCUAACCUGGUUUAGGAUCAGUUACUGUGGAUAACCAUGUCCAGAACACGGCUUAAAUUCAAUACGAUUUAAUCAGAACUACCAGGGAUUUGUGAACAGGUUUUAUUUAGACACUAUAAAACUUGUCACAAAACGUUAAACAGGUUGACAAAGGCUGAAACACAAUAGGGCCUCGUCACAAGUACAAAUUAGAAUCUCAGCAUCGUGAUGUUCCCUUUGAAGCUGCCUCUAUGUGACUAGGCUCUGAAACAACAUUUCACAAGCUCAAAACCUUUUUGUCCAGCGUUUGAACCAUUGACUUGAUCUUAAACUGCAUUGAACGUUAUAAUGCCAUCACCAACAAGCGUCUGUAUGACUGAUAUCUGUGGGAAGGACGGCCAAAGAUGUACCAUCUACCAUUGGCAGCCAUGUCACUUCAAUAUCAAACACCCAACGGUCACUGAAAUGCGCUCCAUCCACUCCUGAUGGUGAUUUGUAAGCUGCUCAGUGCAAUGCAAGAUUGACUUGUUUCUCUUUUGGCUCAAGAAAGUGAUGGUGGAUAAGAUGCUGGAAUUGUGGGUAACAUGGCGGGGGGGGGGGGGGGGGGGAUACGGGGGCUUACUGACAUUGAUUAAUUUAUUAACAGAAGUCUAAUCGGAUGUGAAUGUCUUACAAAGUGUGUGUGUUUUGUUUUUUAUGAUAUUCUGUCAGAUGAAGUGUGUGAUGGACGACACGGUAAAGUAACAUUUAAAAUCCCCACAGAAGUGAAAGAUGAGUGCGAACAUCUACAAAGCGACGGUCGCGACUUUAAGUUAAACUCUGAGCGAUGAGGCAGAAUCUUAAUUUUUCUGAAGCUCACUGUCUCACCGCUCAGCUGUCGGAUGCUGUGGAGCCCAAUUAUUUCCCUGCAUUCGAUUGGUGCGCUCAGUGUUGUGGCCGACACUCACUGAAAGAUGAAAAGGCCACUGACUAUUUACAGAGUUAAAAGAUAUUCCAAUUAGUCCACAUUUAGGGGGAGUUAAUUAGUUUGGUGGGGAUGGGAGAGGGAGGGGUGGGAUUGUCAUUCGCUCAGAAUCAGAAUCUACUAAUUCUUUUUCUUUUCUUUUCUUUUUGAGAUAAUGAAUAAAGUUUGACUUGAAGAAAAGUU